AUGGAUGAAGAGGAAGAAAUAAAUCUAAACCGUGCCGAUUUCUCAACGGUACAGCAUAAGAUUAUGAUGCUAAAUUAUGCCAACCGUUCAAGUUCCUCAAGAGUACAGUUGCUACAGCAGAUGAUUACGAAGCAAACGUACGGCAACCGUGCCAGUUUCUCAAGAGUACAGCAUAUGAAGCAAAUUGAGAAAGGAGGCCAUUCCAUCUUUAAGGUUCCCCAGAGCCUCAAAAAACUCGAACUCGAUGCAUUUGUACCCCACAUUGUUUCAAUUGGCCCUUAUCAUUGGCACAAGGACCAUCUCAUGGAAAUGGAAACCUACAAGUGGAUACUUCUGCAACAUGUCCUCAACCGAGCAGGUAUGCCACUUAGAACCCUCAAAGAGAAAAUGUCUAAGUUUGAAAGGGCCACACGGAAGCACUAUGACCAGCUCUUUGAAAAUAUCAACGAUUUUGUGCAAAUGAUGCUGCUCGAUGCUUGUUUCAUACUCGAGUUGUUUUGUGUUGAUGCCCAUGGAUGGAAGAAAUACAGGCACACCUCAGACCCUUCUGGUCGGCUUAAUAUGAAGGGUUUCAUGCCUUUUAUUCGACGGGAUUUGUUAAUGCUUGAAAAUCAAUUACCACUUUUUGUACUUCAAGAAAUGUUUACCCUCCUUGAUUGGAAAAAAAGAACACCGAAUGAAUCGGUUCAUAGCCUUGCUAUUAAGUUUUUCGACCAACUCAUACCUGGGAUUUCCAUAAAUCUACCCGAGCAUCUAAAAAAUAGACCUCCACCACCACCACUAGCAGCAGCAGAAAAUAGACGACUGCCAUCAGCAGAAGAAAAUAGACGACCACCGCCACCAACAGCAACCGAAGAAAAUAGAUCACCACCCCCACCAGCAGCAAUAGCAGAAAAUAGACCACCGCCCCAUCCAGAAAACAGACUAUCCCCGCCACCUCAUCCAGAAAAUAGAGCACCACCACUAUCAGCAGAAGAAGAAAAUAGGCCACCACUGCCACCAGCAACAGAAGAAGAAAAUAGACUACCACCCACACCAGUAGCAGGAGCAGCAGAAGAUAGACCACCACCACCAACAGAAGAAAAUAGACCACCAGCAACAGCAGCAGACAACGAGCUGGAGAGAGCAUCAUCCUCAUCAUCAUCCGAUCCACCUGACAUAGUGAUGCACUCUGUUACAAGUCUAAGGAGUACAGGCAUUGGAUUUAAAGAAAUUAAGAAUUGGAAAAAAUUCACUGAUAUCCAGUUCGACCACAAGAAUCGUUUGCUCUUAAUCCCACGCCUUCAUAUCAAUGGCUCUACUAAGUCCAUCUUGCUUAACCUCAUGGUUUUUGAGCAAGGUUAUCCAUUUUGUAGCAGAUAUAUCACUUCGUACACCAGUUUCAUGGACGGAUUGGUAGACUCUCCUAAAGAUGCACAGCAUCUGGUUGAGAAACGAAUUAUAUCUCACGAGCUGGGAAAUGAAGACAAUGUAGCUACUCUCUUCAACAAUAUUCGCAGAGAAAUAUACUUCAAACUCGUACCCGACGAUUACUAUCUCUAUGAUGUAUCCCAAAAGCUGAAUGAGCAUUACAAACAAAAAUGGAGAAGUUGGUUCGCCACAUUGAAGCAUGAGCAUUUCAAAGACCCUUGGAAAACUACUGCUCUCUUUGCAGCUACUCUUCUUAUUCUUCUCGCAAUAAUACAGGCCGCCUACACUGUGUUUGGUCAUUCCUUUAAUCAUUCUUAA